AUGUCUGGGAGUUUUGUCUCGCCGUCGGCCGAUGCGACGGUCUCGCCGCAACUUUUCGCGCCGGCCGGUCUCGUCGCCUCCGUGCUCGAUGGCUUCACUGUCUGGAAGCUGAUCCUCACUCUGUUCAUUGCCGCCGUCAUCUACGAUCAAUUCAAAUACCACUACCUCAAAGGCUCGAUCGUCGGUCCAGCAUACAAGAUCCCAUUCAUGGGCCCUUUCUUGCAGUCUGUCAACCCCAAGUUUACCGAGUACAAGGCGAAAUGGGACAGCGGCGAGCUGAGCUGUGUUUCCGUCUUCCACAAGUUCGUUGUGAUCGCCUCGACCCGUGACAUGUCCCGCAAGAUCUUCAACUCGCCCGCCUACGUGAAGCCCUGUGUGGUGGAUGCCGCCCACAAGUUGCUCGGCAAGACCAACUGGGUCUUCCUCGAUGGCAAGGCGCACGUCGAAUACCGCAAGGGUCUCAAUGGCCUGUUCACCCGCCAGGCCCUGUCCUGCUACCUGCCCCGCCUGGAGGAGGUCUUUGACGAGUACUUCAAGCGUUUCCUGGAGAAGUCCGCCGCCACUAAGCACACUCCGACCCCCUGGAUGCCCGACUUCCGUGAGCUGAUGACCGCUAUGUCAUGCCGCACCUUUGUUGGCUAUUACAUGUCCGACGAGGCCGUCCAGAAGGUCGCCGAUGACUACUAUCUGAUCACCGCUGCUCUGGAGCUUGUUAACUUCCCCAUCAUCCUGCCCUUCACCAAGACCUGGUACGGCAAGAAGGCUGCCGACAUGGUCCUCGAAGAGUUCUCCAAGUGUACCGCCAAGUCGAAGGCCCGUAUGGCUGCUGGUGGUGAGAUUUCGUGUAUCAUGGACGCCUGGGUCAAGGCUCAGCAGGACUCUGCCAAGUAUCGCGAGAAGAUUGCCCAGGGUAUUCCGGUUGACGCCUCCGAGAAGCCAGCUCAGGUCCUGCGUGACUUCACCGACUACGAGAUUGCCCAGACCGUGUUUACCUUCCUGUUCGCUUCCCAGGAUGCCACCAGCGCCGCUUCUACCUGGCUGUUCCAGCUGAUGGCCGACCGUCCCGAGGUUUUGGAUAAGGUCCGUGAGGAGAACUUGGCUGUCCGCAACGGCGACCGCUCGGUCCCGAUCUCCAUGGACCUCCUCGAGCAGCUCACCUAUACCCGCGCUGUCGUCAAGGAGACUCUCCGUUAUCGUCCCCCCGUCAUCAUGGUGCCCUACCUGGUCAAGAAGGAUUUCCCCAUCACCGACAAGAUCACCGUCUCUAAGGGUUCCAUGAUCAUCCCCUCGGUCUGGCCCGCCACCCAUGACGAGGAGGCAUACCCCAACGCUGACUCGUUCGACCCCGACCGCUGGAUCACCGGUGAUGCUGAACAGCAAACCAAGAACUGGCUGGUCUUUGGCACAGGUCCCCACUACUGCCUGGGUCAGACCUAUGCCCAGCUGGCCCUGAUGGCCAUGAUUGGCAAGGCCAGUAUGGAGAUGGACUGGGAGCACACUCCUACUCCCCUCUCCGAGGACAUCAAGGUGUUCGCCACGAUCUUCCCCCAGGAUGACUGCCUGCUCACCUUCCGCCCUCGCGCCUAA